CAUAUGAGGGGUAGAUAAGCAUGUUAUCCAAGGACGUAGUUGCAUAAAUGCCACCGACUUUCUACACAUUGGACUGUCUGAACUAUCUUUAAUUCUUCAAUAAUCCACAACUUCAUAGUACUUGAAACAGUACGUGAUAAAAUGGCUAACCGUGGAAAACCCCUCGACAAGCACGUCUUCUCCCUACAAGACCUCAAAGAUGUGGCGUCAAAAAAACUCCCCAAAGUGUACCGCGAAUACUUCAACCUGGGAGCCAUGGACUUAAUAACCCUCCACGAUAACGAAGCCGCAUUCGACCGGUACAAAAUCCGCCCUCGCAUUCUCCGCAACGUUUCCACCAUCGACACAUCCACCACUUUCUGCGAAACCAAGGUCUCCUUCCCCUUUGGCUUCUCUCCAGCUGCAGCACAUAAAGUCGCUCAUCCGGAUGGAGAGAUUGGGACGUCGCGCGCUGCUGCGACAACUGGAAUUCCAAUGGGUCUUUCGUCGUACGCCAAUACCACGCUGGAGGAUGUGGUUGCGCAGGGAUCCGGGAAUCCGUAUAUCAUCCAGGUGAACUUUCUCAUGAAUAAAGACAUCAUGAGGGAUGUAUUAUCCCGGGCAGAGGCUGUGUUUCUCACUGUCGACGCACCGGUUUAUGGCCAUCGAUUGAAUGAAGCUAGGAAUGAAUAUAGCUUGCCUGACGAUCUGACGUAUCCGAAUAUGGUGUCUGGACAGAUUGAUCUGGCUGGUGAUGAUGAUCCUCUGGCCUAUGACCCCAGCAUAAACUGGGAAGAAGCCAUCUCCUUCAUGCGACGAAGCACCAACCUCCCGAUAUGGCUGAAAGGAGUCUACACCCCCGAAGACGUCGUCUUAGCCAUCGACCACGGUUUCGACGGCAUCCUCAUCUCCAACCACGGCGGCCGCCAACUCGACAGCGUCCCUGCCACCAUCGACGCCCUCCGCGAAUGUGCCCCUGUCGCGAAAGGGAAAAUCCCCAUUGGAAUUGAUGGGGGCAUUCGACGGGGCACAGAUAUCUUCAAGGCGUUGGCUCUGGGCGCAGACUUUUGUUUUGCGGGGAGGAUUCCGAUUUGGGGGCUAGCAUACAAUGGGACGAAGGGAGUGGAGUUGGCCAUCAGAUUGUUGCAUAAAGAGUUGAAGAUGGUGAUGGGACUGGCGGGAUGUAAGAGUAUCAGGGAUAUCACACCAGCCCAUCUCUCCGUUCUCGAUUGUAAGGGGGGAUUGUCCAAGUUAUGAUCGAUCAACUAUCAACACAGAAUGAUAAAGCAAGAAAGUGUAAUAAGAUGAACUAUCUGAAACCCUGUAACUUGGGAUACCAAUUUCACUCGCUUUUCCCAUCACCGUCUGCAUCGAAUUUCUUAAAAUGAUCCCGAUACACCGUAUACGCAGCAGUGAGCUGCAAUUAACCCUCUCCGGUCCUCCCGUCUUCCCCGUUUCAUGCGAGUGCA